AAUUGUUCUACGUUUUGGCCACACCUUUCCGUUUCGAAUCGUGACGCCAGCAAAGUUGUAUUAACAUUUUUAUUGUGAUUUGCAAAUGAAAUACACUUUAGAAGGCACCAAUGCUCGCGUUAUGGCCAAGGCUGUGCAGUCCCUGUCCAAGGUGGGCAAGGAAUUGUUUAUUGAGAUUGAGCAGCAGGGACUACAAAUGAGGGCCAUAAACGCAACACAGUCGGCGGUGGGCAGCAUAUUCUUCAGAAGGUCCAUGUUCGAGGUGUUCGACAAGCCACCAUAUUCGGACUUUUAUUGUAAAAUAUCCAUGAAGUGCUGUCUGGCCGUGUUUCGCAAUAUGAGCGAGGUGGAGUACUGCGAGCUGAACCUAAUCGACAAUCAGAACAGUCUCCAGGUGAAUCUGCGCUGCAAGCUUGAGACCACCAAAGAGGCCACUAUUUCCAUAAUCGAUGAUCAGAACAUCAACACGAACAUCGACACGGCCCAGAGAUCAAAUAUCCUACUUGGUGACCACAAGCUGUUCAUGGACAUCUCAAACAUUUUCAAUUCCACUGAAGAGGAACUAACCUUGGAGGCCAACGCAGACAGUUUGGUGGCGAAGAACUACAUCGAAGGCACUCGGGUGAAUGAUAAAUUUAUGCGAACGCAGUUGAAACUGAAACCGAAGGAAUUCGACCGGUAUCAGGUGAUCAAGAACACAGUCAUAACGUUUUGCAUCAAGGAGUUUAGGGCCUUUCUGCUCUUUGGCGAGUGCUUGAAUGCUUCGCUGUCGCUGGAGUUCGACGAUGCAGGCAGUCCCUGCAUGCUGAAAGUCAAGAAACACGGCGAGAUUGAGUGUCUCUUGAUUAUGUCCACACUGUCUCCAGAUGAUUUUAGCUUCUCACACGAUUACUGCCAGCAGGACCUGACCGUUCACCAAAAAGAUGUGCGAGCUGCAGCUUCAAAGCGCAAGAGCAGCACCCCGGGUCCAAGUGUGCACCAAAAGCGACGACAACAGGACGGCCAGGCGGAGAUAGAUUCGAGUAUGGAAAGCCCGCUCUUUCAGUUUCGACCCUCAGAAGCACCGUCCGUACAACAGGCUCGAAUACUGGCAGAGGUGGACACUGUAGUCCUGAUCGAAGAUGAGGCUGAGGCAGAGGCACUGAUGCUGGCAGCAGCCGAUGCUGUCCAGGAGGCCUGCCGGUUGGCUCCUCCGAAAGCUGUGCCUGAACCAGCAGCCACCCCCGCACUGCCGAACAGUACAGAAGUUUGCUUCUACAAUACAGACGAUGUGCCAGCCACUCAGUCUCCCGAGCUUUCUCCCGACGAUCAUGGGGACGAUGAUGAGAGCAUACCUCAGUCCCCGGAACGCGUCCCCCAGAUGCGCACCAUCUUCUCAAGAUGUUUCCAAAGCACAUACGUUCCACGCGAGCCCUCGCCCAACAGCCAGGCGUAUGCUCCCAACUCCGAUACAGAGGACUAGCCUAUAUUUGUUCGUUCAUAAAUAAAAUAGUGUGUUGUGUGUUUUUCUAGUUAA